CAUUUUCCUUUCUUGGCGAGAAUCAAUUGCUGCAAUUGGAUGAUAAAAAUAUAAUUCAGAAUCAAGAUCCGCCAACAAUAUUUUCCCCUGUCAUUAUUCUCUUCAACAGAGCUCUGAAGGUAAGAAAUAUUAAAUGCAAAUUGAGAAGUUUGCUCUUACCACUUACCAGCAAUGGAUAAAAUUGAUGAUUCAAUUAAGAAUCAAAUAGCUGCACUUUGGCGAGUUAUAAAUGUGACAAGAUGCCUUAAGGAGGACAACCUCCCAUGUCAAAUUGAAGAGGGCCUCUUCUUGGGUUCUUUUGGUGCUGCUAAUAAUAAGGAUGUACUAAAAAGCAAGAAUAUUACACAUAUCUUAACAGUAGCUAAUUCUUUGGCUCCUGCUUAUCGAAAUGAUUUUGUAUAUAAAGUGAUUGGAGUUACGGAUAAAGAAGACACAAAUUUGAGACAAUACUUUGAUGAGUGUUUCAGUUUUAUUGAUGAAGCUAAAAGACAGGGUGGAUGUGUUUUGAUUCAUUGCUUUGUUGGAAAAUCCAGAAGCGUGACAAUUGUUGUUGGUUAUCUGAUGAGAAAGUAUGGAAUGAGCCUAUCCCAAGCUCUUGGACAUGUGAAGAGUAGACGACCUCAGGCUGCUCCUAACUCGGGUUUUAUCUCACAAUUGCAAGACUUUGAGAACUCUCUUCAAGGCAUCCAAUCAUAAUGCGCAAACAAAGAUGACAAGGGCAUGGAAAGGCUUAGCAUUGUAGAUUCUGCAUUUGUUGGUCAUUGGAGAAAUGCAGCAAUUUGUCGAUAAAAAAAGCACAACCACUUGAUAGUAUAAACUUCAAAUACACUGGUUAUCUAAUAUUUUGAAUUUUUUUUUUUCAAUGGUAGAAAUUUCCUAGAUGUUAAACAAUGAUCUUUUUGAUUUUUGUGUUCUAUGCUAAUAUUCAAAUCAAUAACUUAAUAUCAUAUGAUAA